AUGCCGGUCCUUCAGCGACGACCCCGUCGAGUGGUUGACGAUGACGAGCAGUCAGAACACGAGCAACGACCACGACAAAGACAACGGCGGGGCGAGCCGGAGCCGGAGGAUAGCGAAGCGCCGGUAUCCGACGAUGAACAAGACCAAGAUCAAGAUAUAGAUGGCGUCCAACGAGACGACUCAGAGCAGAACCAGAUGGUGAAGAAGCUGGUCAGAUAUGCGCUUGCGUGCGAGUACUCCAGGACACCCAUAAGGAGGGAAGGCAUCAAGGAGAAAGUACUCGGCGACCAAGGCAGGGCAUUCAAGAAGGUGUUUGAGGGAGCGCAGAAACAACUACGAGCAGUUUUUGGCAUGGAGAUGGUGGAGCUGCCAGCUAGAGAUAAGCUCACGAAAGAGGAGAAGAGAAAAGCUGUGAAAUCACAGUCUGCUGGCCAGGGCGGACAAUCGGCAGCCUCGAACGCCUACAUGCUCGUGUCUACCCUUCCAGAACAGUACCGAGCGGCCAGAAUUAUCGCGCCAUCGAAAGUUCAGAGUGCCGACGACGAGGCGGCGUAUACGGGCUUCUACACCCUGAUCGUGUCUAUCAUCACUCUGAACGGCGGCGAGCUCAGUCACCCCAAGCUGAAGCAGUACCUUCGAAUGCUGAACACCGAGACGAACGUUCACAACAGCAACAAGACAGAUGACGUCCUUGCCAAGCUACAGAGACAAGGCUAUAUCGUGAAGAUGUCUGAUAAAGAUGCGAGGCAAAACGGGGAAGAUGACAACACCACGUGGUAUGUCGGCCCGAGAGGGAAGAAGGAGAUCCCGCCUGAGGCGAUUGCGGGCGUUGUCCGAGCUGUCUAUGGUGAAGAGAGUGAUGAACUGGAGGCUAAGUUGCGGGCUAGUCUUCGCAUAAAGGAGAGGGUGCCCGGAGAUGACCAAGAAGAAGAGGCCGUUGAGCAAGAUGGCGCCGCCAACGACACACCGGUAAAUGGUGGAUCGAGAAGGAGAUCAAGACGGACAGCGGCAAAUGAUGACUACGAUGAUUAA